ACAACGAGAAGUGCCUUCUUAUGCAUCUAACAUAUUUUUAAAAAUUUUGCUUCAAUUAUCAUGGGAAUGAAGUCAGUGACUAAAUACAAUCCACGUAAUUGUGCUGUUGUUUUCUCCGAACUGUGAAUGAAGUUUUCAUGUGUUGUUUUUGUAUACCAAUUUCCUACAAUUCGAAGAUAACAUUUUCGUCUUUCACACACGAAAAUAUUUACGCUAGUUUACGAUAAAAGCAGAAUCUACAGUUAUUUGUUCAUAGCUGAAUCGUUGCAUAUGAAUCCAGACAAACGUGUAUACACAAGUGAAUAGUUUGUUGGUGAAUAAUAUUAUCGUAUAUCAAUGAGUUUCUCAAGUGUUAGCUUAACGGGGUUAGGCGAAAUGGAACAGAUUAUCUGCAGGCUGGAACGUGGCACGUUAAUCCAAAAGUUCUACCCCCGGCGUAAACCAGAAAAGAAAACAUUGAUGCUUCGAAGGGAAACACGGCAAAUAACGUGGUCAUCGCCUUCACAAAACAAUCGCGCAAAUUUUGAAGGGGCGCUCGAGCUACGCGAAGUAAAAGAAAUUCGCUUGGGAAAAGGUUCUAAGGAUUUUGAAAAGUGGCCAGAGGAAACCAAGAAAGUUGAAAUUCGAAAAUGUUUUGUUGUGCUCUAUGGAAGUGAAUUUAAGUUACGUUCACUUUCAGUGGUUGCUCUUUCCGAAAAAGAAUGCGACAUGUGGAUCAAAGGUCUCAAAUACAUGGUUGCAGAUACAAACAACGCCCCGUACUGGUUGCAGGUUGAGCGAUGGCUGAGGAAAGAAUUUUAUGCAAUGGAAAAUUCCCGUGAGACAGUGACUCUCAAAGAAGUGAAGUGUUUCUUACCAAAAGUAAACUGUAAAAUAACAACAGCCAAGUUGAAUGAAAUUUUCAACGAUGUCGAUUCUCGAAAACGCAGUGAACUUGGAUUCGACGAUUUUACUCGACUUUAUCAAAAACUUAUGAUCUCCACGAAUGUUAUAAAGGAUUAUUUCGACGGUUCAAUAGCGUACUCGAAAAACGGUCAGAUCGUUACCUUGAAGGAAUUUCAAAAAUUUUUAAUUGACGUACAAAAUGACCAAUUGGGCAACGACGAUGAUGCAGUUUCAAAUUUCAUUCGGGAGUAUGUGCAAGAUCCAGUCAGAGACGUCCAAGAGCCUUAUCUUAAAAUACAAGAGUUCGUUGAUUUCUUAUUUUCGCGGCAAAACGAAAUUUGGGACAAAGAAUGUGACGCUGUGUAUCAGGAUAUGAAUCAGCCACUUUCUCAUUAUUGGAUAUCAUCAUCUCAUAACACCUACCUAACUGGCGAUCAGUUUUCCAGUGAAUCCUCAGUGGAGGCAUACGCACGAGCAUUGCGUAUGGGAUGUCGUUGUAUUGAAUUGGACUGCUGGGACGGUCCCGAUAAUAUGCCAUUGAUUUUCCAUGGACACACAUUUACAACGAAAAUAAAAUUCAAGGAUGCCAUUAAAACUAUUAAAGAGCAUGCUUUCGUAACAUCUGAAUAUCCAGUUAUUUUAUCAAUCGAACAGAAUUGCUCUCUAGCUCAACAGCGCAAAAUGGCCACAGCGAUGCAAGAAGUAUUCGGUGAUAUGUUGCUUACGCAACAAAUUGAGAAAAACGAAAUACAGUUACCUUCGCCGCAUCAGCUUAGAAGAAAGAUAAUUCUUAAGCACAAAAAACUGCCAGAAAAUGGAACAAAAUCGGAGGAUGGAGUAAUUCCCAAUGAUGGAGCAUUGAUACGUGCCGAUGAAAAUGAACUCGACAUAAGGAAUACGGUGAAAAAUGGGAUACUUUUCUUGGAAGAUCCUGUGGACAAAGUUUGGAAUCCACACUUUUUUGUUCUGACGCAACAUAAACUUUUUUACACCGAUAGUCAGAGAACUGAACGAGAAGAUGUGCGUGACGAUGAUCUCGAGACCAGUUUCUCAAGACCGAAGGAGAGCGUCACCAAUGACGAAUUGCAUUUCGGUGAGAAUUGGUUUCAUGGCAAGUUGUCCGGUGGCCGCGAGGAAGCCGAAAGUCUUCUACGCCAGUAUGCACUUCUUGGUGAUGGAACAUUUUUGGUGCGUGAAAGUGUGACAUUUGUAGGAGAUUAUUGUCUGUCUUUUUGGCGUCAAGGAAAACCCAAUCAUUGCAGGAUCAAACUUAAACAGGAAAAGGGUGUUACCAAAUACUAUUUGAUGGAGAACAAUUUGUUCGACAGUUUAUAUUGUUUAAUUAUUUAUUAUCGCCAGAAUCCGCUGAGAAGCUCAGAAUUUUAUAUCACCUUAAGGGAACCGGUUCCGCAACCAAAUAAACAUGAGACUAAAGAUUGGUACCACCAGAAUACAACUCGGGAACAAUCUGAAAUUAUAUUACACCAAAUGUAUAACGAUGGAGCAUUCCUAGUCAGGCCCAGUGAUAAAGGACCGAAUGCAUUUGUGAUUUCAUUCAGGGCACACAAGAAAAUCAAGCACUGUCGCAUAAAAGUGGAAGGCCGUUUGUACAGUGUUGGAGGAAUGGAUUUCGAGAGUUUGAUAGAUCUUGUCAAUUUCUACACAAAGCAUCCUUUGUAUAAGAAAGUGAGGCUGACUCACCCAAUACCUAAGGAUAUGCUCAAAAGAAUUAACACAAUGAAUGGUCCCGAAGAUAACGGUGCCUACAGUUACAUGGAUCCAUCCUGCAUGACUGAGAAGAUUACCGUUAAAGCUCUCUACGAUUAUAAAGCACAGCGGGACGAUGAAUUGUCAUUUUGCAAGCAUGCGAUCAUCAUGAAUGUUGACAAGAAGAGCAAUGAAUUAUGGUGGACGGGUGACUACGGUGGUAAGAAACAGCAUUACUUUCCGGCGAAUUAUGUUCAAGAAAUAAGUGUCAAUGACAAUAACAAUGAUGAUAGUGGGGGAGAUUCCUUGAUGCUAGGAAGUCUACAGAAAGGAUCACUCGAUGUUCAUGGAGCAGUCGUGGAAAUGAGCUAUGGUCCUCAUGCUGAUUUGGAACGGGUGUUGCGCAUUCAGAAUCCCUCUAUGCAGAAUGUGUUCGAAGUUGGAGUGCAAAGCAAGGAUCUUGCCAUUGAAUGGAUGAACUCCAUCAAGGAGGCAGCCCAAAACGCAAGCGUGCUUGAAGAUGAACGCAGAAAAAUGGAAAGAAAUUCUCGGGUGGCCAAAGAAAUGUCUGACAUGAUCAUAUACUGUCGAAGUGUACCGUUCAAAAGCUCUGGAUGGUUAUUCUAUGAAAUGUCAAGCUUCCCGGAAACCAAAGCCGAAAAAUGUUUCCUUCAACAAGACACGAAAAUGUUUGUGCGGUAUCAUCGUAAUCAAAUUAGCAGGGUGUAUCCUAAGGGGCAACGUUUAGAUUCUUCCAACUACAAUCCGAUAGCUCUGUGGAAUACAGGAUCUCAAAUGAUAGCUCUUAACUUCCAAACCCCUGAUAAACCCAUGCAAUUGAAUCAAGCGAAAUUCAGAGAUAAUGGAGCGUGUGGAUACAUGUUGAAACCAAACUUUAUGCUGCGUGACGAGUUCGAUCCAAACGAUCCAAACAUACUGGUGGGUGUCAGUGAAAAAAAUAUCAUCAUAAAAAUCAUAGGUGCCAGACACCUCUGCAAAGGAGGUAGAAAUAUAGCAAGUCCACUUGUGGAAAUUGAACUUCUGGGAGCUACAUUUGACAAUGGAAUAAAACAUCGGACAAGGGCUGUGGUUGACAAUGGCUUCAAUCCGGUUUGGAACGAAAUCUGCGAAUUCAGAGUUAUUAAUACUUAUUUUGCAAUGCUUCGAUUCGAGGUUCAGGAUGAAGAUAUGUUCGGCGAGCCUAACUUCAUUGGGCAGGCUGUAUUUCCGGUCAAUGCUCUUCGUACUGGAUACCGGAGCGUUCCUUUAAAGAACAAAUAUAGCGAAGAACUGGAGUUGGCCACACUUCUUGUUCAUAUAAGCAUCCGCAUAAACGAACAGAAUGGAAUCAAUAGGACGGAUUCAUUUAGCUAGAAAUGCAAUGAAUUCUACGAUGGAAUUUUCCACACGUGCAUCGUUAGUGUAAUCCUGCAAAGAUUGAGACUUCAUAUCACAAGUAUUAACUAUUGAGAUUGCAUUUCAUACACCGAGGAAUAUACAAACAGAUGUCGAAAAGUGCCUAAUUAGUUUAAUUUGUACUUUCCCAUAUUUGAUAAUAUUCAUAUAUUUUUAUUAACUAAGGAAUUUUGUGUAUGUCGAUUAUAUUUAAUUGUUGUUAUCGUAGAUAAGUUUAACGAAAUGUUAAAAUACGGAUGAAAUAUACAUGAUAUAUUGCUAUUA